ACCUAAAAUCGAAUUUUGUAAAAAAGCUAGCAUAGAUGACAAAGCUAGUCUUACGGGGGAUUGAAGAUCAUAUCCAAUUGAAUAUUUUGUAAGUUGAAUGUGUUUUGUGGUAUCAAAUUAUUGAGUAAAUAAAAAUGAGCUCGGAAAUUCCUACAAGUACCAUCUUUUGCUACCCAGACGAUGUAAAAGGCAAAUCAAAUGUUGAGGUGCUCAAUGUAAAUAAUGUUGAUUCUUCAGGAUGUGUUGUGCUAAAUGACGAAAAGCUUUUGGAAUUAAUACAGUUGUAUCCAUUUUUGUACAAUCCACGUGUGCGUCCAUUCCAGGAUGCCGAUUAUGACGAUUGGGCGUGGAAUCGCAUUACAUCGGCAUUCAAUUUAACUUAUACGGGCUUUCUGCCACCCGUCUUGUUUACCAAGGAUGACUUGUUGCGUCGGUGGAAUAAGCUCCAGCCGAUUAUAAUGAAAAUGGCAAAAAUGUUGGAUUUAACUGCAAUACCAGAACCAUUGCGUCAGAUAAUAGUGAAGAUCAACAUUCAGCUUGAAGAUCAAAUAACAGAUGUACGAACAAAUAAUUUAACCCAGGCGCAACAGAUCAUAUACGACAACAUGAGAAUGGUUGAGCAGUUACCAUUAACAAGACGCUUACAAUUAGAGGCUGAAAUGAUGGACUUAAUAUUAAAUACCGAAUUAGAUUCCAAAGCCACUAUAAAGUUAACUGAUGCAAAUUUAUUGAGUGUUGAUGAUGAAUACGAAGAACUACUUGAUUUGAUGGAUAUUAAAGAAUUAAUAGUUUUGAAAUCUACCUAUAAACCUUGCAUGACCGAGAUUAAGGAUAAUUCACAGGAACAGUUAGUGACAAGUACCACGUCGAAUGCAUCAUAUGAAACUAGUUUGCCCAGCGAUAAUAGCUCAGCUAGAAUGCCCAAAAUGAAUAAGAAAUCAAAAACUAUUAAAAAAGUUUUACCAAAAAUUAAAAGCGGAAUUCCAGCAGCGCAGAUCUCCCCAUUAAAGUCGGCAACACAAACUCAAUGGUUCCCUUUAAAAGAUUCCUCCAAGUAUGUAAAACGUUGUUUAGUCCGAAUAAAACGUACAAAUAUGGAAGACUACAUACCAUUGUCAUAUAUAAGCCGACAGCGCAAAACUUCAACGCGCACAACCGCUUACAAUCGCACCAUGGAAAAACAACCUGACGAACCAGAGGAUGUCACGAAUGAGCCACUGCCUUCGAUGAGUGCCCCAAAAACAAGGGCACAAAUACAACGUGAGUAUAGACAGCGGAUUGCUGCAUCCCAAACUCCUGCACAGAAAGCAGCUGCAAGAAAAGCACGUAAAGAAAGAGAUCGAUUACGCAAAGUUACUAACUUGGCUAUUGCCAGUGGUUAUUUUGGAGCUACAACUCCAUCUUCAUCUCGUUCAGGGGAAGAGUCGAACAAUGUCCAACCUGUCCAAUGUCAACAACACGCGCUACAAUCUACCACCACUGAAGAUCAACCUAAUGAGCGUGUCAAUCUCAAAACGGAGCCACUCUCUCCGGCAAUUCCUGUUCCCAUGGAGGAUCAAGAAGCUGUUGCAUCUGUCUCUGCGAGGCCAUGUAGAAAACGAAUAACUGCUGCUCCAAAAACCAGGGCACAAAUACAACGUGAGUACAGACAGCGGCUUGCUGCAUCCCAAACUCCUGCACAGAAAGCAGCUGCAAGAAAAUCACGUAAAAUAAGCUAUCAAUUACGCAAAACUGUUAACUUGGCUAUUGCCAGUGGUUAUUUUGGAGCUAGAACUCCAUCUUCAUCUCGUUCAGGGGAAGAGUCGAACAAUGUCCAACCUGUCCAAUGUCAACAACACGCGCUACAAUCUACCACCACUGAAGAUCAACCUAAUGAGCUUGUCAAUCUCAAAACGGAGCCACUCUCUCCGGCAAUUCCUGUUCCCAUGGAGGAUCAAGAAGCUGUUGCAUCUGCCUCUGCGAGGCCAUGUAGAAAACGAAUAACUGCUGCUCCAAAAACAAGAGCACAAAUACAACGUGAGUACAGACAGCGGAUUGCUGCAUCCCAAACUCCUGCAGAGAAAGCCCUUGCAAGAAAAGCACGUAAAGUAAGAUAUCAAUUACGCAAAACUGUUAACUUGGCUAUUGCCAGUGGUUAUUUUGGAGCUACAACUCCAUCUUCAUCCCGUUCAGGGGAAGAGUCGAACAAUGUCCAACCUGUCCAAUGUCAACAAUCUACCACCACUGAAGAUCAACCAGAUGAGCGUGUCAAUCUCAAAAAGGAGCCACUCUUUCCGGCAAUUCCUGUUCCCAUUUGGAUUCAAGAAUCUGUUGCAUCUACCUCUGCGAGGCCAUGUAGAAAACGAAUAACUGCUGCUCCAAAAACAAGAGCACAAAUACAACGUGAGUACAGACAGCGGAUUGCUGCAUUGCAAACUCCUGCACAGAAAGCAGCUGCAAGAAAAGCACGUAAUGUAAGACUUCGAAACAACAGAUUACGCCAAGCUGCUAACUGGGCUAUUGCUAGUGGUUCUCUUGAAGCGACAACUACAUCUUCAUCCUGUUCAGGGGAAGAGUCGAACAAUGUCCAACCUGUCCAAUGUCAACAACACGCGCUACAAUCUACCACCACUGAAGAUCAACCUAAUGAGCGUGUCAAUCUCAAAAAGGAGCCACUCUCUCCGGCAAUUCCUGUUCCCAUGGAGGAUCAAGAAGCUGUUGCAUCAACAGAAUAACACAAAUAGUAAGAAGUUAAAUAUCACAUUACUAUAAAUUCACAUAUUUGUAUUUGCGUAUGCCUUGUUGUUGUUGUUGUUGUAGCAGUACCUUUGCCCUAUCAGUGUAGCGCAAUCACCGGUCGUCUUCGUCUAGCUCAUCUAACGGUAGGCCCAGGAAACUAGCUGUUUCGACGGGUUGGGGGUAGAGAGAGAGAGGUGUUAGAUGAGUGGGUUUAAUGGGGCAUGUGAAAAGGUGGACAUAUGAUUAGUAUGUCGGAGUCGAUUCUAGACAAGUAGGAGUUUAGCCUGCUACAAUAUCCAGAAAGUAAUUGUGCCAAGGUAACGCGGGACUCUCGGGGAAGUCGGAGCUCUUCGUCUGCGAUUGGUGGUGGUUGGACUCCGAUAACGGCAUUCGGGGGUCGGGAGCUUAAGAAGGUGGUGAGAGUCUCCCGAUGAAUACCGUUUAUGGCCCGUCUGUACACCGUCCGAUCCAGUAGCUGUCUGUUGGUUUUGUCUGAGAUCUCGUCCGCGUAGUUGAGGAGAUGCUUCCUGAUGUGCCUGGGAGGUGGCUCAGGCUCGAGCAGGUGUCUGCACGUGUGAGGCCUGCGGUAACACCCUUACAUAUGCCUUCUUCCUGUGUGCAUGGUAAUGAACCAUUGCUCUAGGAAAUGUAGGAAAUGAAAGGGAGUGUUUCGAGUGUACUGUGUCUUGAAAAAGUCAAAUCGAUGAUGAUGUCUCGUAGUCGUGAUGACUUAUUAACGUCUAACAAUCGAAAUUGAACAUAUCUUUCAUGAAUUUGAUAAAUCUUUCGUAAUUUUUCACGUUUGUGUAAAUGUAUAUUAAUUUGAUCAAUUCCAUUGCGAUUCCAUUUACCUCCUUCUCUAUAUCCAUACAAAAUAUCUAUCAAACAAAUAAAAUUAAAAUUUUCUUCAAAGCUAAAGGCAAAUACAUAAUCAGCUCGGACAAUGCAGCUCCAAAAUUAAAAUUGUGUGGGUCCCAGGGCAUUGCGGAAUUGGUGGUAACACCUUCGCUGACAAAGCAGCCAAGAAAGCUAGCACCUCACCAAGUAUUUUUCACAACACUUACUUUAAGGCGGAUAUUAAACACAGAAUCAAUGCCUUUAUUAAAGAAUUCACACACAACGAUUGGUGCAAAUAUCAGCACGCCUACAAGCGCAUAAAUCCGGAACGAAAUAGGCCAGAUAUCUCAUCGAAUUGCUCCUCUCAGCAGCUAAAAAUUUUCACAAGAUGCCGUCUGAGUCAUACUAAAAUUAGCCACGAACACCUCCUAACUGGUAAAGCAGCCCCCGAGUGUAGUAUAUGCAACCGCCCACUGUCUAUAAAUCACAUUUUAGAUCAUUGCCCUAAGUUUUCCAAUAGUAGGAAAAACAUAUUUAAAAACCAAUCACCUUCCGUCGCAUUAAGAAAAUGUUAAAGAUAUUUACAAGUUUAUAUACCAAAACAAUCUACUAUAUCUUGAAUAAUAUAUUACAAUUAAUGUUACCUAAUCUAAAGUUGUUAUACUCAGUAAUGUUAAGAUAUAUUAGAUAAACAUCAGGCCGAUAGUCUUAGUAGCUAGUGCCU